GCGACGCAGUCGUCGUCCGGGGUGGCGGCGGCAGGGGGGCGGCGGCCGCGGCGGCAGCGGCUACGGCAGCCGUGACGGCGGCGACGGCGCGGGGCCUGGGCCGAGGGGAAUGAGGUGGCCGCGGCGGGCCAGCGGCGGAGCCCUGUAGCGGAGAAGUGGCACCCCUUCCCUGCUUCCCUUGGCCGAGCCGGGGGCGCGCGUGCGCGCGCGGCCGUCCGGAGCGGACUCUCUACCCUCGACUCCCGCGACCCGCACCUCACCCCGACCCGGGCCCGGAGGAUGAUGAAGCUCAAGUCGAACCAGACCCGCACCUAUGACGGCGACGGCUACAAGAAGCGGGCCGCGUGCCUAUGUUUCCGUAGCGAGAGUGAGGAGGAGGUGCUACUCGUGAGCAGUAGUCGCCAUCCAGACCGAUGGAUUGUCCCUGGAGGAGGCAUGGAGCCCGAGGAGGAGCCAAGUGUGGCAGCAGUCCGUGAAGUCUGUGAGGAGGCUGGAGUAAAAGGGACAUUGGGAAGAUUAGUCGGAAUUUUUGAGAACCAGGAGAGGAAGCACAGAACGUAUGUCUAUGUGCUCAUUGUCACAGAAGUGCUGGAAGACUGGGAAGACUCAGUUAACAUUGGAAGGAAGCGGGAAUGGUUUAAAAUAGAAGAUGCCAUAAAAGUGCUGCAGUAUCACAAACCGGUGCAAGCAUCGUAUUUUGAAACGUUGAGGCAAGGCUACUCAGCCAACAAUGGCACCCCGCUCGUGGCCACCACUUACUCAGUUUCUGCUCAGAGCUCGAUGCCAGGCAUCAGAUGACUGAAGAUUUCCUGUAAGAGAAAUGGAAAUUGGAAACUAGACUGAAGUGCAGGUCUUCCCUCUCACCCUUGCUCUUUCACCUCUCCUCACAGGCCUCCUCUUUCAAAUAAGGCAUGAUGGGCAGCAGAGAAAGGGUUUAUUGAUAAUGUUGCUGUUUGGUGUUAAGUGAUGGGGCUUUUUCUUCUCUUUUUAUUGAGGGGGUGGGGGGUGGGUGUGUAAUUUGUCAGUACUUUUGUGCAUGAUCUGUCUCUCCCUUUUCACACCCCUACAAUUCUCUAAAGAGGCAAACAGCCUUCCCUCUGCCUUGGAUUCUGAAGUGUUCCUGUUUGUUUCAUCCCAGCCCUGGCCAGAUUUUUUUUUUUUUUAUUAAAAGAUACCAAUAUGAGAUGAAAUCUCUCAAGAAUUUGUCCUGUAAUGUGCUGUUAAGUCCGGUAGGUUGGUCACUUUCACUGCAGGAUACAUUUAUCUACACAUUAUAUAUCUCCCAUAUAAUAUGUAAAUAAAUGACUUUUAGAAGAGGGAUUUAACUGUUUAAUUUUUCAAAGUUUUGUUUUUUAAAUUCAGGGUGUUUCUGAAGUGGAGAGCCUCACAAUUAAUUUACUUUUUUGUUUCUGAUGCCAGUGGCUAGGUAAAGUUCCCUGUCCACUCUCUUUUCCCCAGUCAUCGACUGUAGUUAUGUAGGGUAUGGGAAGAGUUUAGCUACCUUCAUAGUGCUCCCAGGACUCAUGGCCUUCUCUUCUCGAAGCUGUGUUUCCAUGCCAAGAAAGAAACAGGAAGAAACCUAUUUUCUUUUUUAUUACCAAGCCAGGAGCAAAUGGCCUCAGCUCAGAUCUGGAGAAACAAUGCUAGAAAUUGAAUUCCUCCCUACAUGUUGACAAUAGGGAUUUGAACUGGAUUCUUGGGAUUACUAUCUAAAAAACUGGAGCGUCGAGCACUGUUUCUAUCCUGCUGGUUUGGAGUUUUUUCCGUAAUGCUACUUAUCGCCGACAAAGGCCUCUCUCCCUGUGCAUCCAUGCCUUACACCGUGCAGAACUGGAUAUUGUCCUUGUGCUCUGAAGCAUCCAACUGUACUUGGCAAGUGCAGCUGUACAGUCCUGUCCCCGUUCUGGGUAACCAUGUUACGUUCCUGAAAAGUACACAGGAGGAAAAUUCAGAUGUUUGCUUGUCUUUGUAAUGUUAUAGCACUUGUAAUUGCACCAUGGAGCAUGCUCAGAAAUAUUAAAUAUGUCUCCCACUGGGAUGUGAAAGGUCCAUCGUCCGCUGAGAAGUGGUAUGGGAGAAUGCUUAAUCAUUUAUUAGAACAGCAACAUAAUGCAUUGGCUCCCUGCAAACUGUCUUGUUGGUUUUUGAUACAGGUUUGAUGCUGGCUUCAUUUGCCGAUUGUGUUGUUUAGUCGAGAAGUGCGCAGAAAAGGGUCUUGAGACCGGGGCUGGGGGUGGGGGGCACUGAUCAAUCCCUGGCUUGGGACAGGAGCUUGUUGCUAUACUCUUAGUGGCAUCUCCUUUGUCAAAACAUAGCCAAGAUGUGAAAUUAAAAUCGUAGUUCUCUUUAUUUAAAAAUUCUAAUAAAUACUCAAACUUUGAAAAGCUUUUGCUCUUCCCUCCCACUAAAAGAAAUGUAGUAUCUGGUAGGCCUGUGUCAUUUAAUGUUCAGUGUUUUAGGGGACAUCAGUUGAUGAACUUAAAUUUUUGCUAUCUAUUCUCGGUUUGCAUAUUAUCUCCCAGUCUUAAAACACAGAGCCAAAAAACAGUGCCAGCAGUUUCCUUAGGAUACCGCUCUACCUCUGGGAAAGGAAUCCUGUCCCUAAGUAAGGGUCCCAGUGGAUAGAAAGCACCAUGGGAUUUGAGUCUAAAUGCCAACUCACUGUUCAUGUGUCCUACUUAAAAACGAACACACUGCUGCUUAUUACCUGAUUUAGAGCAUUCUGAGGUUCUGUGCAAAUAAAUAAAGGGGACAAUAAAAUAAGUCCAGCUCAGCACUAAAUGGAGUCCCCAAAACACAAUCUUCGAAAUAAAUUCUACCUUUAUGAUAUAGAUUGAAAGAGCUUUGCAGGAAAACGAUUAGUACUCUUGAAAUAGGAACUGCAUUGUUAAUAGUAAUUUGUGCAGUUUUUAGUGAUCUGAAGAUGUUUCCACUGGGCUGGUAUAAUAAUACACUACCCUACAAAGUCCUGUUUGGAUUGUUGUUGGCGUCUUUGGGUCAGGAAAGUGAACUGUGCCAAGAAGUAUUUGUCAGUGACAUGAAUGGAUCCCAUUAACGCAGUUAACUGGCGAGGUUGUGCUGAUGCUUCCUUAACUGACAAAAGGAGGCUUUGUCCAACACCAGAAUUGUUGAAACUGGUGCAGUUAUCUGUUGCACUAGGAUUCUGGUGAGCAGGGGUUGGUGUUUUUCCCUCCCUGGCACCAUAAACACCAUGGCUAUCUCCUGACGUGUAGUCACAGCCCUUUUGUGCUACAUUACUUAAACGCAUGGUUGCAGUAACCUUUCUAUCUCCCCCAAAGAAAGCAAGGAAAAACAGAGGAAAGCUCAAAAUUUACCCUACUUGCAGAAUAUUUCGACAACACUGAUUUGCCAUUAAUUCUGCAAGUCCUUGCCUUAUUCAGGCUUGGCAGAAACAGGUUCCUGUGUUCAGGGCAGAUAUAAAGUCUCUUUCUCACAGUGAACGGGCAUGUCUUAGAUUCUGGUUAUUACCAGAGUGCCCAUCAGAGUCCUCCAUACUCAGGAUGGAGAAAGAUAGCAAUGGCUUUUUUUUAAAUUAAAAUUUGUUUUUGAUUUAUAAAUUGCAGCCCUUGGGAAAACAACAGUGAGAUCAUGCCAUUUUUUUGGACCAGGACUGUGUGUGAGUGAGUGUGUGUGUGUGUGUGUGUGUGUGUGUGUAAGAGAGAAA